AUGUGGGUAGAUCCAUUUUUGAAUCAGCUGCGAGAAGCGUCAUGGCCUCAUUGGUUGGAACCCUACGUAGAGGUUUUGCUGUUGUGGAUAUCCUGGGCUAUUGAUUAUGUCGAUUGGGAUUACUUGGAGUAUCUUACUUGGUUGUUCCUUCCUUUAUUUCUCUGCUUUUUAUUACCAGUAAUUUUGCUGCUAUUCAUAUAUGGCUGUGCUAUUUUCUUACACGUUUACGGGCUACGAAACCGAAUACGUGAAGCGUAUGCGGAUAGUAUCUGGGAUGGUGCAAGAAUCAGUGUUGCAUCAUUUUGGGAUGCGGUUGGCCAUAUAUGGCAUGGUUAUGAAAUUGAUGGUCUUGAAUAUAUACCAGAUAAAGGUUCAGCAUUAUUGGUAUAUUAUCAUGGAAAUUUACCUCUAGACGUUUAUUACGUUAUUGCCAAAUGCUUAUUACACAAAAAACGCACUCUUCACUGCGUUGGUGACAAGUUCAUUUUCAAGAUUCCUGGAUGGGGUAAAAUGUGUAAAAUUUUCUGUGUAAUUCCUGGUACACGAGAAGAUUGCAUUGAACUUCUAAAUAAUGGCCAUCUGUUAUGUAUUGCUCCUGGUGGCCUUCGAGAAGCUCUAUUCUCAGAUCCUGCACGUUAUAACCUUAUGUGGGCAAAAAGGCUUGGGUUUGCUCGCGUAAUCGUUGCUACUAACACGGUAGUUAUACCAAUGUUUACCGAAAAUUGUCGAGACGCGUUUCGAACUCCGACUUGGGGAAGAAAGAUGCUUCGUUGGAUUUAUGAAAAAACUCGGUUGCCUCUUUGUCCUAUCUAUGGAGGUUUCCCAGUUAAAAUGAUCACACAUCUUGGGGAGCCAAUCAGAUUUCCAGAAGGUGUUACUCCCGAAGAUGUUAGGAAAAGAGUAAAACAUGAAGUAAGAGGUUUGAUCAUUAAACACCAACUCCUACCUGGUAGUAUUCUACGAGGCAUUAAGCAGAGGUUUUAUGACAAGCGAACUGCAAAACAGGAUAUUUUGCUUAGAAAUGUACGGGAAAAUGAGGCAGCUAAUGAGGAAUUAGGACAAAUUUCAGAAAGCAGUUUUAAUAACUCAGGAUGCGUACUCGAGAACACCGCUGUUGUGAAUGGCAUUAUUCGCAGGACUCCUUAA